AUGUCGGGCGGGCAGGGCACCGGGCCGGGGCACGGGUCCGCGCGCCGCCCGCAGCGCUCGGGAGGCGGCGCCGGCGCCGGCGGGACGCUGCCCGCAAACGGCUUCACCUACAUCGGGUCCGAACGGUCUCCCGCCACGCUCAACAACGGCGCGCCUGCGCCUGCGCCCGCGCAUCUACACCACCUCAACAACGGCUCGUUGCGCUCGCUGCCCGACAAGAAGAACAACCGGAACGGCGUGCUCUGCCACCCGGACAACUUCCAGCGGAACCUCGACUCCCGCUACUCGAGGAAGCAGGAGAACGGCUACCUGCGCAACUCGGAGACCGUGAUCGGGUUCGGGCACGCGAGCGGCGAGCGCGACUACGAGCGCGAGUACAGCGAGCCCGAGUACUCGGUCAUCCCGGAGGGCGGGUACGGCCGCGACUGCGCGCGCGCCUGCGCACACUCCAACACCUUCAACUGUUGA